GGAAGCUUGUUGGGGAAGCCCAAAUUACAAGAGAAGUAACAGAAGGCCCUAAAGGUGCCAGCUGGCAUUCACAGAGCUGAUUUAUUCACCCAAACACGAGCCACAUGCAACCGGUACGCGCUCUCUCAAAUUUGCCCUGGAUCAAUUUGGUUAUUCCCGGCAAGAGAUCAGAGAAGAAACUGCAUCACUAUUGAGUUCUAGCCAGUUUUCUUCGCCUAAUCCCUCGAUUCUUUUCAUAUAAAACCCUAGAUUAUCAAUUAGAAGUCCCAAUAAGAGAAAACAGACAACCGAGAAAAAAAAUGCUUGGAGAUGGAGGAGAGACCCCUACCAGGUAUGAAUUGUUGAGUAUGGUGAAGAAACACUCAAGCUCAUUAAAGAACACCACAGUUGAUGAUGAGCAAGAUGCUUCAGAUGUUGAAAUGGAUCCAAGCUUUUGGCAUGAUAUCCUGGAUUUGUAUUUUAUUUGUGGUAGGGAGUCCAGGGGACGCCAGGAUGACGAUCUCAUAUUUUUUGUGAGAAAAUUGAGCUUGCAUGGAUAUGGUUUCAAUGAUCACAUGGAAGGGAUCCCCCCUUACUUUGUACGCAGGUGGGCACCUAAGUUGGAUAAGCUAGUGAGUGAAAAUUCAGCGGAGGUGGAUUGGAGGCGCUCAUUUUACUUGAAUUUGAUUGCUCAUACUUCAUUUACUGUAACAGUGGCAAUUUGCAGUCAUCAGGUACUUCGAAAUCAUCAAACCGGGCAAGAUUCACCAUUAUCUCCUAUAUACAAGGUUGUGAAGACUGUAUAUGCAUCUCCAAGUCGAGUUGAGUUCCAUUUGGAUUCAAAAAAGGAGGUAGAAACAAUUCCUGCUUAUCCAGAUAUAUGUUUUGCAGUUGAUGAUUUCGAUUCCACCUUUGAUGCAGUGGUUUUGACAGAAACAGACCAUUGCUAUUGUGUGCUCCUCAAUGCACAUGAUGGGGCAGCAUUUCCUAGUGAAAAAACAUCACCUGAUUGUAGUUCUAGCAAUACAUCUUCUUUGAGAAUUGAUACUGAUUCUGAAAAGUCAAAGAAUACCAAGCUUACUCUUUUCUCUGGAUUUGUCAGCUAUCAAAUGGUUCGAGAAGCAUAUGAUGCUGGAAAAUCUCGAUUCGGAAGCCUUUUGUUACUUGGUCAAUCCGCUGGAAAAACAGACAGGCUUUACAUGAAAGGUCCUGGAGGGCGUGGGGAAGUUGAAGUGGCUGUUUCCGGUGUUGCAGAUCAAAGCCAGCAGCCAUCAGGCCCUUCUUCGCCCGUUCAUGCAUCCAAGAGAGGUUUUGGGAUUGGUACAAUUGUUCGAAAGGCGGCAACAGUAGCAUCUGUGGCAGCAAAGCAUGCCUAUGCUGCUGCAGCUGCCACUCGGAGUUCUGAUGAGGAGAUGUUGCCGCUCAAGUGCUGCUUAAUGUCAAUAUCACUUCCUUGGGAACACAUUGCAUAUGAUCUUAUGUUUAAGGGAAGUCCUCCAGUGAACUUGUAGUGUCUUAUGUUACAUCUCUUGCGAAAUGCUAAACAAGCAUGGCGAUCCCACCUGCUAAAGAAAGAUGGAAGGGGAGUAGCCUGCACUAUAAACAACAUUUGGGAUCUCAGUCCUGCAUUUUUUGGUAUUGGGGUACAUUGUGUUUUAAGGCUGUAAGUGUAAGUGUGAUAGAAAUAUGUAAAGGUUUAAUUAAGAAACUUAGUGUAUUCAAUAUCAAUUCCAUGGUUGUCAGGUUUAAAGUUUAGUAAAGCCUGAUUCUUGAAUGCA